CGGAAGCGCAGCCCCCGGACUGCGGCAACGGUGCCCCCCCCCACCCACGACCCCCGGCGUCCCCGGGCCUCACGGCGUCCCUUCCGCAGCGCCGCGCGCCCGUCACCAUCACCGAGUCCGUGCUCGUGCCUGUCGCGUCGCGUCGGCCCGCGCGCGCGCGCGCCCCCGCUUCUCCCUUCUGUGAUCGGAGCGAAGGGCCGGUGGACCUGCCGUGUGUUUCGCUUCUCGAACGCGUCUGCUCUGCUCUCUCCCGGCCUCCAGAACUUGUACCAGAACCGAUUCCUCGGCCUAGCGGCCAUGGCAUCGCCCUCACGAAGCUCGCAGGGUCGUCGGCGGUGCAAAGACCCCAUCCGCCACAGCUACAACCCCGAACAGUUCCAGAACGUGGACCUGCAGAACUGCGGGCCGGAGGGCCCCCCCGUGGCUCGCUCCACCAGCGACACGGAUCUGGUGACCUCGCAAGGCCGCUCAGCUCUCACGGUCAGCAGCUCUUUCUACACGGUUGGCCAGCCGCAGGAUCUCGUCAUCUGCUGGGACAUCAAGGAGGAGGUGGAUGCCGGGGACUGGAUCGGCAUGUACCUCAUCGAUGAGGUCCUGUCGGAGAACUUCCUGGACUAUAAGAACCGCGGCGUGAAUGGCUCUCACAAGGGCCAGAUCGUGUGGAAGAUUGAAGCCAGCUCCUACUUCGUCGAGUCGGAGACCAAAGUCUGCUUCAAGUACUACCACGGCCUGAGUGGGGCGCUGCGAGCCACCACCCCCAGUGUGACGGUGAAGAACCCAUCAGCACCUGUAUUCAAGCCCAUCGCCACAGAGGAGGUGACGCAGAGCCAGGGAAGCCGCAGACUCAUCAGCUUCUCGCUUUCCGAUUUCCAGGCCGUGGGGCUGAAGAAGGGCAUGUUUUUCAACCCCGACCCAUACCUGAAGAUCGCAAUCCACCCCGGCAAACACAGCAUCUUCCCUGCCCUACCUCACCACGGCCAGGAGAAGCGUUCCAGCAUAGUGUGCAACACCAUCAACCCCGUGUGGCAGAGGGAGCGCUUCAACUUUGUGUCGCUGCCCACGGACGUGCUGGAGAUUGAGGUGAAGGACAAGUUUGCCAAGAGCAGGCCCAUCAUCAAGCGCUUCCUGGGCAAGUUAUCCAUGCCGGUCCAGAGGCUGCUGGAGAAGCACGCUAUCGGCGACCGCGUGGUGAGCUACACUCUGGGCCGCAGGAUGCCCACAGAGCAUGUGAGCGGACAUCUGCAGUUCCGCUUUGAGAUCACCUCCUCCAUUCAUCCAGCAGAUGACGAGGACACCUCCCUCGGCAUGGACUGUGGCGCCGGAGCAGCAGCAGCCGCCACCGCGGACCAACGGGGGGACGGCGCAGCGAUGCAGGCGGCAGAAGGAAGCCCGGCCGAUGACGCAGCAAGCGUGGGGCCCGAAGCCCCGGAGCUGCCCGCGGAUAGGGUCCCUGGGGAGACGGGGGCCGGCAGCGAUGCGGCGGAGCCCCCCCGCUCGGAACUCGGGCAGCCGGAGCCCAGCGGAGCCCAGGCAGGGGAAGGCGGAGGUGGCAGAGCUAGCGGAGGGGCUACAUUGGGCGGCCCUGCCCAGGAGGAACACCGUGAGAUACAAGCCCCGCCUCUGGUUGUUUUGGGUGCACCCGGUGUACAGGGGACGGCGGAGGGCACGGCGAGUGAGUCUGCAGGACGGUCAGACGUUACGGUCGGCAGACAGGAGGGGGAGGAGGCAGAGACUCCGCUGCAGGAUGAGGAGGACGGGGAUCCGGAGUCCGCGUCACCCUGCAUGAGGGGUGGGACCAAGCGCAAGAGCAGACCGUGCUCUCUACCCGUGUCCGAGCUGGAGACGGUCAUCGCCUCGUCUUGCACCGAAGCUGAAACGCCGCGCUCUCAUUACAUCCGCAUCCAUCACCUGCUGCACGGCCUGCCCACGGCCCAGCACGGCCAGGAGGCUCCCGGGGCCCCAGAAGCCCGUGACGGCGCGGAGGCCGUGGCAGGCGUCCAAGCAGAAGAGUGGCCCCCAAAGCCUGCAGAGGAUGCUGGGGGAAAAGAGAUGGGGAGCUCCGCGGACGCAGGGGCCCAGGAGACGACCGCGGAGGCACCCGAAUCCCCGGAGGCGGCUGAGGCCCCGAAGCCCACGCAGGGCUCCCCAGGGCCCUGUUUGAGAAGGACGCUUCCUCGCAGCCUUUCCGUGGAGCGCCUGUCCGACCUGAACCAGCUGCUGGAGGGGGCGGAGCCACGUCCCGAGAGCGAGAGCGACGCAGGCGGCCCGAAGCCCCCAGGCGACAACGAGUGCGACCUGUGCGAUACCUCCUGGUACAGCACCUCCUGCAACAGCACCUCCUGCUACAGCAGUUCGGCCUACGAGGAGCGCCAGGGACCCUGUGGCCGGCCCUGCUUCUCCUCGGUGGAGAGCGCGCGUCUGUCGGAGAGCACCGUCUUCUCCUCGCAGGACGACGAGGAAGAGGAGGAGGAGGAGGAGGAGGAGGAGGAGGAGGAAGAAGAAGAGAACAGUGCUUUUGAGCUGGUGGCUGACUCGGCGCCGAGCCCGGAGGUGCGGGAGCCCGGAGACGGGACGGCGCAGUGGCCGGGAGGGAGGGAGCAGAGCAGCGUGCGGAGCGCCGAGUCUCCGGUGGCCGGACCCAGCGGCAGAGCCGGAGGCGAUUGCCCCUUGCCCGGCAACCACCCGCCAGUACGCCAGCUCCCAGCUUUGCGACCUGACGCCCACCAUUACCCAACUAUUGAUGAGCCCCUGCCGCCAAACUGGGAGGCUCGCAUCGACAGCCACGGCCGAGUGUUCUACGUGGACCACGUGAACCGCACCACGACGUGGCAGCGACCCACCACGGCCGCCAUGCCGGACGGCAUUCACCGCUCCAACUCGGUGCAGCAGAUGGAGCAGCUCAAUCGAAGGUACCAGAACAUCCAGAGGACCAUCGCCACCGAGAGAACGGAAGACGAGGCCGGCAGCCGGAGGGGGGAGCGGAUGGUGAACGUGGACGGCGACACUGACGGCCCAUCGCUGGCUCACGAGAUGAGGAGGGAAGGAUCCUCGUCCCCAGUCAACAGUCAGAAGAUCACGUUGUUGCUGCAGUGCCCAGCAGUCAAGUUCAUCACCCACCCUGAGUUCUUCACAGUCCUCCAUGCCAACUACGGCGCCUACAGGAUGUUCACCAACAGCACGUGUCUGAAGCACAUGGUGCUGAAGAUCCGGCGCGAUGCUCGCAGCUUUGAGCGCUACCAGCACAACCGCGACUUGGUCGCCUUCCUCAACAGGUUUGCCGACACGCAGCUGGAGUUGCCCCGCGGCUGGGAAAUCAAGAGCGACCAGCAGGGCAAGUCCUUUUUUGUAGACCACAACAGUCGUGCGACCACCUUCAUCGACCCCAGGAUCCCUCUGCAGAACGGGCGUCUGCCCAACCACCUCACCCACAGGCAGCACCUGCAGCGACUGCGCAGCUACAGCGCAGGGGAGGCAUCGGAAGUGUCCCGGAGUCGAGGAGCAUCGUUGCUGACAAGGCCCGGGAACAGCUUGGUGACUGCAAUACGAAACCAGUACCACCAGGACCAGAUGCCUCUUGCCUACAAUGACAAGAUCGUGGCCUUCCUGCGUCAGCCCAACAUCUUCGAGAUGCUUCAGGAGCGACAGCCCAGUCUGGCCAGGAACCAUGCUCUAAGGGAGAAGGUUCACUACAUCAGGACAGAAGGUACCCACGGCGUAGAGAAGCUGUCGUGUGAUGCAGAUCUGGUCAUCCUGUUGAGCCUGUUUGAGGAAGAGAUCAUGUCCUAUGUCCCUCCCCAUUCCUUCCACCCUGGGUUCAGCUUCUCGCCACGAUGCUCACCGGGAUCCUCCCCCCAGAACUCUCCGGGACUGCAGAGGGCCCGCGCGCCCGCGCCCUACCGGCGAGACUUUGAAGCCAAACUACGCAACUUCUACAGGAAGCUGGAGGCCAAGGGCUACGGUCAGGGGCCUGGGAAAAUCAAGCUCAUCAUUAGACGGGACCAUCUGCUGGAGGGCACCUUCAACCAGGUGAUGGCCUACUCCCGCAAGGAGCUGCAGAGGAACAAGCUGUAUAUCACCUUUGUGGGGGAGGAAGGCCUGGACUACAGUGGCCCGUCCCGGGAGUUCUUCUUCCUGCUAUCCCAGGAGCUCUUCAACCCCUACUAUGGCCUCUUCGAGUACUCGGCCAACGACACGUACACGGUGCAGAUCAGCCCCAUGUCCGCCUUCGUGGAGAACCAUCUGGAAUGGUUUCGCUUUAGCGGGCGCAUCCUGGGCUUGGCACUGAUCCACCAGUACCUGUUGGAUGCCUUCUUCACUCGACCCUUCUACAAAGCUCUGCUCAGGCUAGCCACUGACCUGAGUGACCUGGAGUACCUGGACGAAGAGUUCCACCAGAGCUUACAGUGGAUGAAGGACAAUGACAUUACGGACAUCCUGGACCUCACCUUCACUGUCAACGAAGAGGUCUUUGGUCAGGUCACGGAGCGGGAACUGAAAUCGGGCGGGGCCAACGUCCAGGUGACGGAAAAGAACAAGAAAGAGUACAUUGAGCGCAUGGUCAAGUGGAGGGUGGAGCGAGGCGUGGUGCAGCAAACCGAGGCUUUGGUUCGAGGCUUCUACGAGGUGGUGGACUCGCGCCUCGUGUCGGUGUUCGAUGCCCGGGAGCUGGAGCUGGUCAUUGCUGGGACGGCAGAGAUCGACCUCAACGACUGGAGGAACAAUACAGAAUACAGGGGAGGGUACCACGACGGGCACAUUGUGGUGCGCUGGUUCUGGGGCGCCGUGGAGCGCUUCAACAACGAGCAGCGGCUGCGGCUCCUGCAGUUCGUCACAGGCACCUCGAGCGUGCCCUACGAGGGCUUCGGCGCCCUGCGCGGGAGCAACGGUCUGCGCAGGUUCUGCAUCGAGAAGUGGGGCAAGAUCACCUCCCUGCCCAGGGCACACACCUGUUUCAACCGGCUGGAUCUGCCCCCGUACCCCUCGUACACGAUGCUGUAUGAGAAGAUGCUGAUCGCCGUCGAAGAAACCAGCACCUUCGGCUUGGAAUGAGGUUCCCGCUUGGUGACUGUAGGCAGAGACCUUCUUUUCAGACGAGAGUACGUUUUCAGCAGAAGCAUUGUGUUUUUUACUGUCUAUUUCUGGGGGAAAAAGAAAAGAGGGAAAAAAGGAAAAAAAAAAAAAAACUGCAUGUGUGACUCACCUGAUGUAACGCACUGUCUCUGGAGGCUUUGCACAAACCGAGACGUAUGCAAUGGCUGAGACGAGGCUCCAGCCGACUGCGCGCGCCGCCAUCGCGCCACCCGCCUCCGCUCCGCUCCACCCGCGAGGCCACGGGCUGCUGCUAUGCACCGCGACGCACUCCCCUGUGCCCUGAGCGAGGCUCAUGUGGACACAGGAAGUGACGUCAAGGGAGACAAGUCAGUGGUGAAUUUCACGAUGGCUGCAGAAGAGCUUUCAAUGUCCACGUUCCAAACAAGAGAGACGUUUUGUUCUGUGCCUCUCUCUCUCUUCCCCUCUCUCUCUCUCUCUCUCUCUCCCCCUCCUCUCUCUCCCUCCUCUCUCUCUCUCUCUCUCUCGCUCUCCCGCACAGGGAAUGGAUGCUUUUAUACGUCAUUCCAGGCUUGUUUUACAUUCCUCGGAAAGUUGGGCUGGGUGGAAGAAGAAAGGUUAUUGCAGCUGAUUUAAGAAGAAAAGGGAGAAAAGCAGUUGGUUAUCAGGGACACAGUGGCUCGUUCUGAGGACAGCAUUGUCCACCCGUCGUUCUCGUCGCUUUGGCUCGGUGACAUUUUGGUGGGCGGAGCCUUCAAAGAGUCCCGGUGCCCGUGAACACGUGUGGAUAUGAGCGAAGAAAUAUGUGCGUGAACAGCAGUCCUCCGGUCGAAGGCUGGAACCCGAAGCCUUGAGAAGGACUCUGUGACCAAGCACGAGGACUGUGGACGACACGCCUUACCGUCCGCGCCGAGCACGAUGCCGGGCGACGCGCUAGAAGCAUGUCGCUCGGCUCAGGAUCGAAAGGACAACGCAAGGAAAUGGCCUCAUUCCAUCCGUUCUUGCACGCGACUCGGUUGAUUACGGAGAUGAACGCGAAAGUUCGUCUCUUUGCGUUCGGUGCCGUGUUGGACUCGGCGGAUCGGAGCCGAGGAGCUUUGCCAGCACGCGUCUCCCGUCGCAAAGCGGGGCUCUGCAUGUGAGGCCCGUGCGGCUGAGGAAAGGUGCGUUUCUUCAUUGCGUCGAACGCACUUGGAGCCGAAAUGGGAUGUUGAGUUUCAUGAAGAUUGUUUACAAACUUUCCUAGAAUGUAGGUCAUUGUCAGUGAUUUUUAAAAGUCUCUUCUGGUUUAGUUUCUUUAUGGAAGGAUGCAAAAUCACCCCCCCGACACACACACACACACACACACACACACACACACACACACACACAACCAGAGUCUGUGCCACUGUCCCACUGACCACAUGCACCGGCCAAUGAAAUCACCAGGCUCUUUCACUGGAAUGUGAUUUACACUCCUGUUACACACAAUGUGUCUCACAGCUGACUCUUUCACGAAGCAAAUUUUAGCGACGACGUCCACCUGCGGGUCACGUGUCCUCCGAGGAGCGGUGGAGGAGGAGGAGGAGCGGUCUGGAAAAAGAAACUUUCCUGAGCGCUGCAGAAGGAACCCGUUUCCAGCUCUGCUCAAGUGUCCGAUGCCUGAUGCCGUUGGUUUCCACCUGCGUUUUGUACCCCCCCCCCCGUUCAGGUCAUUGAGUGUCAUACGCACUCAUCGUCUGCUCUACGGCCAAGACCUUCUUCACGUUUCUCGUUUCACAAACUCAUUUUUCUAUUUAUCGUAAAGAAUUCCGCUGUCAGAGAUCAGUCGCUCUUGACGCUGUCAGGGUUCAUCUCAGUUGUUCCCCCCGGUGUACCGAACACCUGCUAUGUCCGUACUGAAAGACGUGGUCUUCGUAAAUCGGAGGUCAUCUGCCGCUCAUCGUGCAUCGCGACGUUCAUGUUGGAAACCUAUGAUUUGUGCUGACUUUCCUCACUGGAAGGUGAUCGUCUCCUCUUGUGCGGAAAGUGCAUUUAUGAUUGAUAACUGACAGUUAAGAAUAAUGUAAAAUGCCAAAUAUGUGGUAGGCAUUUAUAAUAUUAAGUAAUAUAUAUUUCUUAAUGCCAAUGUUAUAUCAAAAGUAUUUACCCAUUUAUAUAAAAUCUAUGUAUUAAAAUGUAAUGUGAAUGAAUUCAGGCAAAGAAAUUAAAUUAUGUUAAAGUUUAAAUGGAAAGAAAUCAAUAAAAAUCAUAGUGGCUGCUGUAAAAUGGGUUUGAAUAGUGCUGUAAUUUAAGCACAGAUUUAAAACCCAUUUAAUAUAAUUCCAAAAAAAAAUCAUCCCUUAAGAAUAAAGGAGAGAAGAAGCUGGAAGGCCGGCCUGCCCCCCCCAUAGGUGUUUCUGUGUUCCACGUGUGUUGGUGCGCGGAAGGUGAGCCCACCUGCCCCGCUACGUGCGCUCUUUGGCUCAGCACCACCUACUCGCCCUUCCUGUCUUCCUGUGUUCUGAGCUGCUGCCGCCUCCACUUGCGGUCUUGGCGGUCGCCGCCGCGCUCAUGCGGGAGCCUUCCGUUGGAACGAUGGGUCGCUCGAUUCUCAGGCUGCGCUUUCUAUCCGGUCAUAUCACUGUAGACGAAUGUCAAUAAACAAUCAUUUUGUACCGUAUCGCUGCCUCUGACACCUUUCUUCGCUUCGCUCGCUGUGCUCAUGUACUCCGAAAAACACUGCAUCGCAGAAAUUUGGCAUUAUUAUCGCAAAUGAGGGGGCACGGUGGCGCAGUGGGUUGGACCGGGUCCUG